UGACGAUUCCUCCCUAAGACGUCAUUUUCUUCUAAAGACAAGUGGUUCCAAGUAAUUGUACUUGUUGACAAACAGUUUGUGACUUACAUAUCUGCUGCUCAUUGAAACCGCCAAGUUAGACAAAAGUGGACUCGAACCAACCCAGAGGAAAAAAGCACCAGAGAGCUUCAUGACAUGAAAAUGAACAGUCUGCUCCAUAAAUCUCUCCGAAAAAUUGUGAACUGAAAUACAAUCCAACAUAUCUCCGUUUUCACACAUUUUUUUUUUUUUUUUUUUAAAUAACAAUUUAAAAGCGCAAGCAACACUUGAAAACGACGACUUCCGAGGACUUCCGGGUUAGAAAGACGACGGCAACCCAAGGAAAUCGAGGCAUCUUUUGCUGUGCUUCGCCUUUACAGCACCGCCGCCUACUGGAAAGAAAAUUUGCUAGGCUUGAAACACCAAGAUUCCAUAUUGAGGUUAUUUCCUGGCGCACAUUCUGGCCCACAUGUCAACUUAAUCCACUUCCUCUCACUGGGGAUUGGUGUUGGCCACCAACGGCUUAUCUUCGUUCAGCUGAGUGAGGCAUCCAAGCAAACUCCAGCCAACAAAAACAGCCUGCGGCAUUCAGAUCUCUUGGGAACUAUACAGAAAGACAGGACUGAGGGCUACACUGUGGCGAACUGCAGAGGCUCCUCUUGAAAGGGGGGAGUGGCAUCUGUAGAAAAUGAAUCGCUACACAAUGCUCAAACAGUUGGGGGAUGGCACCUACGGAAGUGUACUCUUGGGCAAGAGCAACGAGACUGGUGAGCUGGUUGCCAUAAAGAGGAUGAAGAGGAAAUUUUAUUCGUGGGAAGAGUGCAUGAAUCUCAGGGAGCUUAAGUCACUGAAGAAAUUAAACCAUCCCAAUGUAAUAAAACUGAAGGAGGUCAUAAGGGAAAAUGACCACCUCUUCUUUGUCUUCGAGUAUAUGAAAGAAAAUCUCUAUCAGCUCAUGAAUGAGAGGAGCUGCGCAAAUUUUUCUGAAAAUGAGAUAAGGAACAUCAUGUUUCAAGUGCUGUCUGGCUUGGCUUUUAUGCAUAAACAUGGAUAUUUCCACCGGGACAUGAAACCAGAGAAUCUGCUCUGCACAGGUCCAGAACUGGUUAAGAUUGCAGAUUUUGGUCUUGCCAGAGAAAUUCGCUCACAGCCGCCAUAUACUGAUUAUGUGUCUACUAGAUGGUACAGAGCUCCAGAAAUCCUGCUCAAAUUCACCUCAUACAGCUCACCCAUUGACAUUUGGGCAGUGGGGUGCAUCAUGGCAGAACUGUACACACUCCGACCCUUGUUUCCUGGUAAUAGUGAGGUGGACGAGAUCUUUAAGAUCUGUCAAGUGUUGGGAACUUUAAAGAAGGCAGAUUGGCCCGAGGGCCACAUUUUAGCAAGCUCAAUGAACAUCCGCUUCCCAAAAUGUGUCCCGACCUGCCUCAGCUCUUUGAUUCCAAAUGCCAGCGAUGAAGCCAUAACACUAAUGAAAGACAUGCUGCAAUGGGACCCGAAGAAAAGGCCAAAUGCAGCACAGGCACUGCGGUAUCCAUACUUUUAUGUGGGUCAGUCACUGGGUGUCCCUCUGAAGUACUCAAAGCAGCACAAGUUCCUGUCAAAGGAUGUCAAAGUAAUUGUAGAAGAAAAACCUCUGUUUAAAACAAACAAGUUUUCUGAAGAGCCCAAAAAGAUCCAAGCAGAAGCACAAAUCAGCAGCCAAGGUCUUCAUCAACCCCUUCAUCCCAUCCAAAUUACCCAGCAGGCAGACACACGACAACAACAGGCUUGUCCCAGCUUGAUGUCAGAGGAACAGCAAGAACCACUUAGUCUGGUUAAAAGCAGGCAACCAAUAACUUUGACAAAAACAGAAGGGGUAGGGAACAGUGUUGUCAAACUGAGAGCUGGACGAAGACGAUGGGGUCAAACGUCCAUCAAAUCAAUCGACAGCUGGGAAUCUGCCAGUGAUGCAGAUUUUGGAGUUUCUAUCUCCAAAAAACCUACCAUCAAUUCUUUGAGGGAUGGAGCCAUUGAUGGGUCUAGCAGUCGGACGCCAAUGCCAAAGACACCUAUACCAUCAAAGCUGGCAAGCACCAAUGGACUGGACAAAAAAGACUCCACUAUCUUGUCUCCAAAACAGCACUACCUGCGGCAGUCCAGAUAUCUACCAGGCAUAGAUCCGAAAAGAAGAUCUUCAACAGGGACUCAGGAAGCCAGCAAAAGCUUGUGGGACAUCUUGGGCCUUGCUCAAGGACAGGAACUGGAGUGCCCCAUUACUAAAGAUUCCUUCAUGCCCAAGACAAAUAUUUCAUUUCUUGAGAAGUCAGAAACAAAAGACACCAAGCAGAUGACUCAACUGGCACAGAUUGGAGGCCCCUCUGCUGUUGAUCUAUCAUCUCCUACUGAUCUCAGGAUUGAUUCAAAAAUCAAACUGUCCAAGAAUGCAAUCCUCUCGAAUAAAGAUAACCAGAUAGAUCAUGACGACUUCAGAGCUUCCCAAAUCCCAUGUCCUUUGUCAAGUGCCAACUUCUCAGGGAUGAACACCUUCUCCAGAAACACAAACAUCCCGCCGGUACACGGGCGGGUUGACUGGACUGCCAAAUAUGGAGGCAAUCGAUAAAGGAUAUGAAUUUUGUAUAAGACAGUGUGCAGAAUAUUUACCAUUUUCUAUACGUAAUUUGUCAAAAAAAUUAGGUAAAGAAAAUGUCCAGUGACUGCCUAGAUCAGUAAUAUUUACUUUGUCCUUAACAAGGACACCUCUGUUCGUGGACCAAGAAACAUAGCAUUUCUGCAGCUGUAAAUGUCUGCAAUGAAGUGUGUCAAUCAUACAUCCAAUGACUAUUUACACACAAAAAGGCCUCCCACUAGUAUCUUUGGACAUGUGUUAAUCCAUAGUAGAGCUCUAAACGUUCUCCUGUGAGCAAAAGAUUAUACAUUAACAAAAAACUGCAGAAUGUAGAAACAACAGCACAUACUGGACUGGAAUUACAGUAUAAAUGGACUCUGAUACAUGUAAAACAUGCAUACAGAGCAACUUUGGGCGCAUUCAUUUACCAACGAUUGAACACAACUCUUACUUUCAUUAUUUUUAAAUGUGUGUUCUGUAAAUAAAAAUGUAAAAUUGUAUUGUCCAAAAGAUACGAGAUAUCAAUGUUCAAAUAGAAAAUAUAUACACAGUAAUAUCUAAAUACUAAGUGGCGGCAUGGUGGCAGAAUUAAAGUGGUAUGAAAAAGUAUCUGAACCUUUUGGAAUUUCUCACAUUUCCGCAUGAAAUCACCAUCAAAUGAUAUCUGAUCUUUGUCAAAACCACACAGAUUAAAAAAAUGUCUAUUUUAACUUAAACCACCCAAACAUUUAUGUUUUUUUUUAAAAAUAUAUAUUUCAAUGAGGAUAGAAUGCAAAUAAUGACAGAAGGGGGAAAAUAAGUAAGUGAACCAUCACAUUUAAUAUUUUGUGCCCCCCCCUUUGGCAGCAUUAACUUCAACCAGACACUUCCUGUAUCUGCAGAUCAGUCACAUUUAUCAGGAGUAAUCUUGACCCAUUCUUCUCUACAAAACUGCUGUAGUUCAGUCAGAUUCCUGGGAUGUCUGGCGUGAAUCGCUGUCUUUAGCUCAUGCCACAGCAUAUCAAUGUGGUUCAAGUCUAGACUUCGACUUGGCCAUUCCAGAACAUGUAUUUUGUUCUUCUAAAACCAUUGUAAAGUUGAUUUACUUCUGUGUUUUGGAUCAUUGUCUUGUAGCAGCAUCCAUCCUGUUUUUAGCUUCAACUGUCUGACAGACGGGCUCAGGUUUUUCUGCAAAACAUCCUGAUAAACUUUUCAAUUCAUUCUUCCAUUAAUGAUUGUUGUCCAGGCCCUGAGGUAGCAAAACAGCCCCAAAUCAUGAUGCUCCCUCCACCAUGCCUCACAGUGGGGAUGAGGUGUUUAUGUUGGUGAGCUGUGUGUUACUCCCAAACAAUUCAACUUUGGUUUCAUCAGUCCAUAAAACUGUAGAUUUUCCAAGUGCCUUUUUGCAAACAUUAAACGAGUAACAAUGUUUUAGCUUCCUCUGUGUAGUCUAGUUCCUCCCAUGAACACCAUUCUUGGCCAUAGUUUUACAUAUACAGUAUUUGAUGUGUCUUUAGCAAACACUCUAUGGUUCUUUUUUACCUCUCAGAGUAUUCUGCGCUGCACUUCUGGCAUCAUCUUUGGUGGACAGCCACUCCAUGGGAGGAAAGCAACACUGCCAAACUCUCUCAAUUUGUAGACAACUUCUCUGAAUGUGAAUUGAUGAACUUCCAGACUUUUAGAGAUGGUUUUGUAUCCUUUCCCAGCUGUAUACAAAUUAACAAUCCUUGAUCGCAGGUCUUAAGACAGCUCUUUUGACAGAGCCAUGAUGCAAAUCAGACAAUGCUUUUCAUCAUGACAAUUAUUACCAGAAGUGUGUUUUAUAGUGUGCAGGGCAGCUUUAAACCACUCAUCAGUGAUUGGGCACACACAUUACUUAAAUUGUUUGCUAAAAAUGGAUUUCAAUUGCUCUUUAAGUCUCCUUAGGCAGAGGGUUCACUUAUUCAUUUCCCCCCAUUCUCUCUUUGUUUGCAUUCUAUCCUCAUUAAAAUAUGAAAACCGAUAAAUGUUUGGGUGGUCUUCGUUAAAGCAGACACUGAAUUGUCAUCUGUGUGAUUUUGACAAAGAUCAGAUCACAUUUGUUGGUGAUUUUAUGCAGAAACGUGAGAAAUUCCAAAAGUUUCAGAUACCUUUUCACACCACUGUAGUUAGCACAUCCACCUCACAGUUCUGAGAUUGCUGGUUUAAUCUCUGCUUCAGCCUCCAUGUCUGGAGUUUGCAUCUUUUCCGUGUGUCUGCGUGGAUUUUCUCUGGGUACUCUCGUUUCCAUGGAAGGCUGAUUGAAUGCUCCAAAUCAUCCAUGUGUGAGUGUGCUUGCAUGGUUGUUUGUCUCUAUGUGCCCUGUGACUGGCUGGCAACAAGUUCAGGGUGUAUCUUGCCACCUGCCAGUUGUUAGUUGGGAUAGGCUCCAGCACCUUCGCAAGGAUAAGCAGUUCAGGAGAAGAAUUUAUAAAUAUUAAGUAAAAUCCAACUAUUGUAUAGAGUGAUGGGUUUGGAAAACAUCUCAGGUAAUAAAUCCAAGUUGAAUGAUAACUUGCUUUAAGAGGGUUCAAUUUAGAGGGAGCAGCAUACAUGUAUACUAGGUGCGUUUCCACUGAGCGUGCCGGUGCAUUUCGGGUAAGAUAGUACAACAUUUGGGAGCGCUUCCACAGCCAAGUUGUGGACAGCACACUUGAAACACGUGACCAUUUUCUGUUUCCCUUUUGUCAAGGUUCCACACUGCCAAACUCGAGACACUCAUCUUAACCAAAGAGAUCAGAGGCACUGGUAUUGGGGUGUUCAGUGCUUUGGUAGGGUCCUUCCUGGAAAUGGAAAUCACUGCUGAAUGUUUUCCACUUCUGAUACAGUU